AUGACACCACCACUAUCUCGACAUACUCCACAUAAUUCAGAAAAUUAUGAUUCAGCCUAUUCUUUAUGUAUGACAGCAAUUUCAAAAUUAUCAAAACUUUCUUCAGAAUAUCCCUCAACAAAAGUGAUACAGAUUAAAAUAUGGUGCCUUUACAUAAGUCUGAUAGCUGCCUUGUUGGCAGAAAAUCCUCCAAUAAAUACUAAAAAACAUGAAAUCAAGAGACUUAUUGAACGAACACCUGAAAAAGUAUGUGAAGAAGUUUAUACCACAAUCGUUACUAAAGGAUAUAAUAACGAAGAUGGGGAAAUUCCUGGAGAAAUCAUUCUCGCCUGUAUGUUACUUUGUUUACAUCAAAAAUCAUUUAAACUUGCACGUCAAAUAUUUGAAGAUUGGCAUGAUUCACUUCCUGAAUUAAUAAAUAAUCAAUUAAAUCAUGCGGCAGAAUCAGCAGCCAAUUAUGAAAAAAUUGUACAAUUAUAUCUUUUAAACGUUUUACCAAAUCUUAAAGAAUGGGAAAAAGCAAAUUCGUUUCUUAACAAGAAUACUAUUAUUGAUAAAGAACGUAAACAGAAUAAAAAAUUAAGAGGAAUUCAUAAUAUUCCAAGACAAUUAAUUAAUAAUCGAUUCUUUAUGUCACCUACUGAAUCAAGAACAUCAAUCCUGGAUACAUUUUGUGUUUAUUUACAUCAGGCAUCAUCAAAUAUAUCAAUUCCAAAGAUUAUUCCAUUUUUCAUUUUCAUUAUUUUAUUAACUUCUGGAUGGAAUAAGAAUUUUAAAUCAAGUUUACGAGGAUUUAUGAUUAAUGGAUUUGCUAAAUUUUGGGAGACGAUAAAAGCUGGAACCACAUUGACCAAUGUUUAA